UAGUUCAUAUAGAAAAGCAUAAUUUCGAGAUGAUGUUAUUAUAUGUCCGAGACGAAAUCAGUUACAAGUGAGACACAAAAGUGUAUAGAGGACAUAUUAACAUGCUCUUGUGUGCGAUAAUAAACGUUUCAAAAAUUCUUAUUAGCGACCUUACAUUUUUAAUAUAUAUUAUCAUCUCCCAACUAUUCCACAUUACGUCAGUUCUAUGAGGAAGAGAUCUUUUUAUUGAAUAAAGGAAUGGCUAAUUUUAAAAUUUCCGCACCAGGAAGAAUCGUCUUAUCCGGAGAGCACUCGGCGAUGUAUGGAAAAAAAUUUGUUGUGGCCGGUUUAAAUCUUCGCACCAGACUCGAAUUCCAGGAACUACCUGAAUCUGAAAGAUAUAUUUCAAUCAAUUUUUCUCGGAUUGACCUAAGGAAGAACAUACCUGUAGAAACUAUUGAAAGCUACUUUUUUAACACAAAUCUCUCAGACAUGCAAUCGAGUCCAAUGGAUUUUUUUCGAUACGUGACAUACUUUAUCACCAUGCACUGUUUGUGGGAGACAUUGGAGCAGAGAUUUAGCUUACAUGUAUUCUUUUAUCUGUUUUAUUUUUUUACUUACGAUCUCGAAAAAAGAUCGCCUUUUCGGAUUUCGGUGACCACUGAAAUACCUCUUGGAAAUGGUCUUGGCAGUUCGACAUCGUUCGCUGCAUGUCUAGCAGGAUGUUUUCUUCAUUGGAAAAGUCUACAGCGUGGUAAUCAUAUUAGAUUUAACCGUGACGAUUUGGUGACGAUUAAACGUUAUACUGAGUCUUGUGAAGAUUUUAUGCAAGAAUAUGUAUUGCCCCCCAUCGAUGCCUACACUUGCAUUUACGGUCAAGUACAAUAUUACCAACAUAAGCGUUAUAAAUAUUUUGUUGGGGAAGUCACAAAUUUACAAACAGUAUUAAAGGUGCUAGUAAUCGCAACAAAUAUUCGUCAAGAUAAAAAGGAGCGAGCGCUACAAAUUGCAGUGCUGAAUUCUAAAGCUUCGGAUUUCAAAACUUUCAUGAAUUCAUUAGACGACGUUGCACUAACAAUAUAUGAUAGACUUGCAUAUAUUAACAAUAUUCGUAACAUCGAAAAUCCUAUUGACUAUCAGAAUGCUUACAAGAACUUACAGUCAGACAUUAUAAGGAACCAACAAUUGUUGAAAAAAUAUCAUUUGUCGCAACCGGACUUUGAUACAAUUUCGGAGAUUGCAAGUCAGUUCGAGUACGGAGCUAAACUUACAGGUUUUGCAGGCGGAUUUGCAUACAUUGUGUUACGACCAAAUCUCACAGACGUCGAAAUCCAACAUUUACAAGAACAGUUUACGAAUAAAAAUUUCACAACCAAGAUUGCCACCAUCGAUUGUGCUGGUUUGACAAUUGAUAUUUAA